UUUCCUCCCAUUGGCUGAAUUGUCUAGGAGGCGGAGCUAACAAGCAAACAGGGCCUAGAGACGAAGACGCUAAAGAGAAACCCGGAAGACGCACUUGGACGCACUUCCGGCGCGCUAAGCAGGGAAGAUGGCUGCAUCCCAACCGCAGGCUUCUGCAGCUUCUUCUGCUGCUGCUGGUGUGUCGGGUCCGGGUUCGGCUGGCGGCUCGGGUCCUCAGCAGCAGCCGCAACCACAGGCACAGUUGGUGGGGCCUGCCCAGGGCGGGCUUUUGCAGCAACAGCAACAGGACUUCGAUCCUGUACAGCGAUAUAAGAUGCUCAUCCCGCAGCUAAAAGAGAGUCUGCAGACCCUGAUGAAGGUUGCAGCCCAGAACUUGAUUCAGAACACUAACAUUGACAAUGGACAAAAGAGCAGCGAUGGACCCAUACAGCGCUUUGACAAGUGUCUGGAGGAGUUCUACGCACUCUGUGACCAGCUGGAGCUCUGCCUGCGCCUGGCACAUGAGUGCCUGUCACAGAGUUGCGACAGUGCCAAGCACUCUCCGACGCUGGUGCCUACAGCCACCAAGCCCGAUGCCGUGCAGCCUGACAGCCUGCCCUACCCACAGUACCUGGCGGUCAUCAAAGCCCAGAUUGCCUGUGCCAAGGACAUUCACACUGCUCUCCUGGACUGCGCCAACAAGGUCACAGGCAAGACGCCUGCGCCACCAGCAGGCCCUGGGGGCACCCUGUGAGUUGGCCAGACUAGGAAUGGGGCAGGCAGUGGGGGAGGGGGACAGGGAGGGAAUGAAAAGUGGCCUCAAAGCA